UUUGGAUCGCGAUCCGCGUUUCAUGUACGAUAAUUUCGUGAAUUUGAAUUGCUAUUGAAAAGUGGUGAGCAGUUACUGGAAAAUAGUGUUAUAAAGUGAAAGUUCAGUGAAAGUGAAUUCUUAAUUCUUCAAGGUGACCCAAAAAUUGUCCCGAAGGACUCGUUUAUAGACGAGAUCGUAGCAGGCGUUGACUUUAAACUUUCCUGAAGAGAAAAGCCGGCUGACGGCACUAAAUGGACCAAAGAUGAUGCACUACAAGAAGGGUAAAAACGUCGAGGAGGAGCUCACCAAGGAGCAGAUUCCGAUCGAAGUGCUUCCGGGGCAGUUUCUGUGGAUGCACGUGAAGGGUGGUUCGCGCAUUUUCAAUCUCGUGGACUAUGCCAGGAAAGCGCUGGAGUCCGGCGACCAGCGUACGGUGGUGUGGAGCGGAACGGGCGGUGGCAUCGGGAAAACCAUCAGCUGUGCCGAGAUCAUGAAGAAGGACUUCGAACUGCACCAGAUCACGCGGGUAUGCUACCGGAAAGUCGAAGAAUACUGGGACCCGCAGCAGGAAGGUCUGGAACAGAUUGUGGCCACCAGAAACAUACCCAGCAUCCACAUCCUAAUGUCGUUGGAUGAAAUCGACCCUAAAACACCUGGCUAUCAACAUUCGAAAACCCGCACCACGUUUUGGCUGGAAUCGGAUGGCAAGGGAGGAUCCGGGUCAGGUUCGCGGAAGGGUGGUAAUUACUUCACCGGACCACAGCUCAACAAAAAACCGAACCGCCACUAUGGGGAUGAUAAAAAUGGAGCAGCUAAUGGGAACGGCGGGGGCGGUGGUGGUCGAAAGAAAAACAGAAAUAAGAAUAAAGCUGAAAAGACCGCGGGGGAGAAAGGUGAUGGACAGCAGCAGAAAGUUCAAGCCAGUGGGAGUGGAGAAAAUAAGGCCAAGAAAGUGAAGAAGAAUGAGAACAAACCGAAAGCGGACCCUGGUGGAGGAGCCAAGUCGGACAAAGCUCCGGCUGACAAACAGCCGAUGGAGAUUGGUGAGUAGUGGUUUGAAGCGUUUGGAAUUCAAUACAUGUUGUUGAAUGAAA